AUGAACGUUCUGGAUAAUGCCCCGGGUGAGAUUUCCUUAUUUUUUUAUGCAUUUAACAUGUGAAUUUUUGGAAUGAAAUAAAUGUUCAAAACCAAUGAAGAAUUUUGGAAUUGGCUUAAAAAGAUUCAAACCGCAUAAAUUGAGGAAUUGCCGCAAAACGGAAAUUUUUUUUUUACAAGAGUUUCAAUAAGAUGAACAGAGCUUUUUUUGAACAACUUUUUGCUUUUUUCUUGUCUCAAGACAUUUGUAAAUGGAGUUCAUUGCAUCUAAAAAAAUUAAAACCAAUCAAAAUAAAUGAAUAAAUUUUUUCAGAAUCCUCACAUUCACCAGCGCGCAGAACAGUUCGUCUUUCUUCUUCCGGUCAAUCCGGUAAUUUUUUUUUUCUUCUCCAAUUUGUUUUUUUUAUGAUAGAGAAAGUUUUGAAAAAAUCUAUUUGAACUUUUUUUUUUUACGAGUUUCCAAUUGCGCAACUUGAAAACAACGGUUAAUAGCACUGCAGAACCCAUUUUGCAAAAAAAAAAAAGAAGAAAAAGGCUAGAAGACUUUUCGAGCCGUCAAAUUUUUUGCCAGUAUCUAGUGACCGAAGACGAUUUGAAACAAUUUUUCAAUUCAUUUGCUCGUUUUAAACUUUCUUCUCAGAUUCUGACGUGGAGACAUGUGACGAGAAAGCGGGGCUGCUUGGGAAACAGCGCAAGGCAACUGCUUCGAAUCGUCUUGAAAAAACUCCACUGCUUCACCGUCCCAUGGGCUCCAACAUCGACGUCGCCGCCGUAGAGUUUGGUCGUCGACUGGAGCGCGUGAGCGACAUGAUCACCACCGACGAAGACGAUUUGCUCCAUUCGGGUAAUUUUUUAUAUUUUUGCAGUCCUUUUCGCAUCAAUAGAAAGAGUUUUUCAGAUAGAGAGCGAAUGAGGUUCUAUCGAAGUUAGUUUCUUUUUUCCGGGCGGGUUUCUUUAAACAGAAAUAAACCAGUCUCCUCAUAUUUAUGGAACUUUGAGAAUCAAAAGAUUUCGCGUUCCUAUGAGAGCAUUACAAAAUCCAAGAAUGGUCCAGAAUUUCACCAAGGAAAGUUCACAUUAACAUGCAAUUUUUUUGACAAUUUUUUUGUGAAAUAAUCGAUUUUUGAAAUGAUAUUUCUUUCGGUUUAUGUGGAUCGACUAGACGUUUUUACAUUCGUGUCUUAGUUAAAAAAGGUUUUUCCUGGUAUUUGAGAAGCCAUAUUUUAAUUAACCAGGGAACGUUUUUUACCCGCCGGUUGAACUUCUGCUGAAACAUUGCCAAAGUGUACUUCAGAACCCGUGAUUGCAAUUCUAGAAAAAAAUUUCUCGCAAUAGAUCUUGUUUCCGAGUUAUGAAGCUUCAAAGUAAAAAAAUUCCCUAGUAAAAAAAAAAACAAUAAAAUGUUAGAGAAAUUCAAGAACAUCUCCGAAAAAUUUCUGAAAGUUUAAAGUUGAUUCCACUAAUACUUCCUUUAAUAUUGAAAUUUUUUUGUGUUUCUGAAGAGUUGCGAAAUGUGAAAGUACCACUAAAAGUUUUGAAAUAUCAUAAAGAAUUAUUUUUGUGAUCAAGGUAGUUUUUUUUUCUUAUUUGAUUCAUUUGCCUGAAAUAAUCAUUUCCAGGAACGGAGGCUUACGGAUCCACUGCUGGAGCCAACAUGGCCAACGUCAUCAACGAAGCUUGUCGGGCCAUUCACAGCGGAAUCUUUCCAGAGCGGAUCGCCCAGGGCUCAAGUGGCAGUUAUUUUGUGAAAAAUAAGCAGAAUGUGAGUUUUUCGAAGCUAAGAGAACUUUCAAUAACUCAGCGAGUUUUGGGAAUUACUGUUUUCCAGCAAAUCAUCGGAGUGUUCAAGCCAAAGAACGAAGAGCCGUAUGGUUCCUUGAACCCAAAAUGGCUCAAAUGGCUUCAUCGUGUCUUUCUGCCAUGUUGCUUCGGUCGCAGCUGUUUGCCACCCAAUCAGGUACGACAACUUUCCCGUUUCAGAUUCAAAAUUGACGUUUUAAAAAGUUUAUUUCAAAAUAAUUACAUGAAGGGACAGUGAGAGGGCAGUUAAAAAACACAUAGCCAUGAAAAUAAAGAAAAAUAGAGAAGCUGCAAGGAAAAGAACCAUUGAAGUAAGCCGUUUGAGAAUAAAUGUUCGGAGUGAAAAUUAAUGAGAACUGUUAAAGAAAGCUCUAACAAGCAUUGCGUUAAAGUACAGCGUUAUGAAUCCGAAUGUUGUUAUGGAGAAACCGGAAAUGAGUUAG